AUGGCACUUUCACCAGACUCCACUCCGGAUUUGGCCGUGGCCAAUUUACCCCAGGUUAUUUUAACCCUAUCACCCCAAAAUUUGACUCCUCCACCUACUGGUUUGCUUAAUCAUCAUCAGAAUCAUGACUCACACUCAGGUCCUAACAUCCUUUCCCCAACAAGUUUCAAGUACUACAAUGAUCACUUGAACAAGUAUCAGUUCAACUUGAUUUUGACAAACACUGCAGUUUCCCUUCUUAAGGUGAUUUACCCCACGUUCUCAACUGAACCAGAGUUACGGUUCUUCAUAGUGGAGAUCUUACGCCGUUCUCGCACUUCAAUCCAGUCCUUACAGUUGGCAUGCUUUUACAUUGUCAAGUUGAUUCAAGGAGGUCGCAAGCUUCCUCUUUCCCUUUGCAAGUCUCCCAAAUUUCUUUUCUUGGGGUUAAUCAUUCUUGCUUCUAAGUUCAACCAGGACUAUAACUUUUCCUUCAAAAGCUGGUUAAAGAUUUGUGGAGUCUCGGACUCGGAUAAUGGUGGAUUUACAGUACAAACCUUAAGAACCAUUGAACGGGACUGUUUGCAAUUGUUAGACUACAACUGUUUCAUUGACCAACACUUGUACAAUAACUGGUGUAACUUUUUGGCCAUUUUGGGCUAUGAUUUGGUGGUUAAGCAACACGAUUUGUAUGCGAAUGAUCUUCAAUUCUCAGACAUGCAAUCCACGCUGUUUGGAGUUAAGUUGAACUUGUGGAAGACGUAUUUGAUCAAGAACUUACAAUUGGAUACCUUGAAGUAUACCCAAAUCAAAUUCACUGAUUAUUACAACAGCAUUCUCAAUACAAAAGUUGUUUCUGUUGGAGAAGUUAAAUCUUUAUUCAAUAAGAAACACAACAUUGAUGAUAUGGAUAGUUCAUUACAAAAGAAGGUGAAGGUAUAA